AAACAAAAGCAGGGGCCAUGAGUACAUCUCAACUUUUACUGUAUUUCUUGUUGACAACUAGUGCAGUACUAAAGAUUGGUCCAUCAGAAAUCAACAUCAAUGUUAACUGAAUUUUUUCAAAUUACAGAGCAAGCAAGCAAGCAAUGUACACAGAUCAGUUAUGUUUUAAAUUACUCCUUUUUUUACAGAGGGAGGGAGUACAGAGCAAGCAAGCAAGGCACUGGAGAUGAACAAAUUACAGAACCCUGUACUUGUUCUCACCAGCAGCAGCACGAGUAGGGGACCUCAAGCGGCAGCACACAAGAAGGGGAUCUCCGGGCGGCAGCACGAGCAGGGGAGGAGCAGCAAGUUGCGGAGAAGCAGCAGAAGGGGCUCCAGCUUGAGGUCCAGGAUCGCAAAAGAGCUUGAGGAUGAGCUUGAGGGAGCUCGUGGUCCAGGCGCGGCGGGAGCUCGUGGUCCAGGCGCUCGAGACCCAGGCGCGCGCGGGUCCUGGCCGGCGGCGGCGCAGGCCCUGCGAGGAAGGAGGGGAUAUCGUCGUCGCAGGUCCUGGGCGGCGGAGGAGCACGUCUUGUGCGGUGACGGAGCAAGCAGGGCGGCGCAGGUCCUUGGCGGCGGAGGAGCAAGCAGGGCGGCGCGGGUCCUGGGCCGCGGAGGAGCACGUCCUGUGCGGCAACGGAGCAAGCAGGGCGGCGCGGGUCCUGGGUCGCGGAGGAGCACGUCCGGAGAUCUUGGGCUGACGACUGGCCCUGGCGACGCGCGCCGGCGACGGGCGGAGGAAGAAGGAAGAAGACGCGACCUGUAUGGUGACCUGUUUGUAACAAAUUUGAAGUUAUAAGGGUGUUUUUGAAAAAUUGACAUUACACUACGCUGUGGACAACUUUUCCCGGACGGAGGGAGUAUCAAUCUAUCUCUUCUCUAUGUAUUGUUUAAUUAGAUCCUUUUCUUGCAAUAUCUACUGUGUGAUAUGUACAUUACUAAAAGUGAGGACUUAUUCACUGAAUUAUAUCUGAUAACCCGAUGUAUGUGCCUAUGACUGUUUCUAAUCUCCACCUCAUAGUUUGAACUAAGGGUUCGGUUUAAUUUAUAUGAUAUACAAUUUCCCACACAAUUAUUUGCUUUUCCAAUCACACGAAAAAACUGGCAGAUGAUAUUACAACAAUAUGACGUAGCAAGUCCAUGGAUCAAAUAAUCUUAUUAUUCUCCAAGAGUUAUGACAUGAAAAUUUUACCAAAUUACAUGUUUUCAAUAGCAUAUUAUUAAAUAUAUAUUAUAAAAAGUAACUUUAUUCGCAAAAUUAAACAGGAUAAAGAGGAUGCCCACGCGCACUUGCAGGGGCCACUAUAUAUGCUAGUUUUGACAACAAAAAAGUGUACCUCAAUUAAAGCAUUGAAGCAAGGAAAUGAACCAGAUUUAACAGCGCAGUCAAGUGGUGUUCCCAUCAUAUAAGAGUGAGAAUUAACUUCCACACCAUUCUCGAGCAGA